AUGGAUGCCAACUCAGAUCAGCGUGACAAGCACAACCAGUACAUUGCAGAGCUGCGCGAGCAGGACCGGUGGCUGCCCAUCAACAACGUGGCGCGGCUGAUGAAGAACACGCUGCCCGUCACGACCAAGGUGUCCAAGGACGCGAAGGAAUGCAUGCAGGAGUGCGUCAGCGAGUUCAUCUCGUUCGUGACCAGCGAGGCCAGCGACCGUUGCGCGAGCGACAAGCGCAAGACGAUCAACGGCGAGGACGUGCUGAUCUCGCUGCACGCGCUCGGGUUCGAAAACUACGCGGAGGUGCUCAAGAUCUACCUCGCCAAGUACCGGCAGCAGCAGGCGCUCAAGAACCAGAUGAUCUUCCAGCGGCGGGAGGACGGCGCGGACGGGCUGGACGGCGCGGCGGACGACGGCAGCGACGACGCGGGCGAGGAGGAGGGCGAGCACGGCGCGGGCGCGGCUGCGGGCGCGCCCGGCGCGGGUGCGCUGCCCGAACAGGACCAGUUCAUCAACCAGGACGGGUCGCUAUACAUAUGA